AUGAGCAUAAUCAUGUAUUCAAUCACCAUCAUGGCUUUAGUUGUUGCAUUUAUAAUGAAAACUCAUGCGAAUCGUACAACAAUAUUCAGUUGUGAUUUCAAUUCAGGAUUAACACUCGAGUGUUCAUUUCUUCCGACAGUAACGGGCUCGAAUCUUCAGUUUUCAUCUGGAUCUCCUGUUGAUUCAACUGAACCACAACGGCCAGCAUCAGAUGCGACUUCCAUUAUUACUCCAAUCAACGGAUCCAUAUGCAACUUACCGUAUCAGAUCAACGGUUGGGACAUGCAUUUUUGUUUGAAACAAGAUGAUGCAGAUGUUUACACGUGUCCAACUGAUGUGUCAAACGCAAGUCGAUGUACAACAGGUAAAUAUGGAUAUGCUACGGUCAAUCAGACGAAAACAUUUGACCAAACUUAUUCGACAAUUGUAAGAAACAAUACAGCAGUCGAGCAAUGUCUUACCUUCUACUAUUAUUUCACAAAUCAUCUGUUCAAUCCAACAAUUGAAGUGUUCUGGCAAUCUUUAACACCCUAUAGUGAAGAUCAUAUUAGUAUUAUUAAAGUAGCAUCCCAACGAGAAAAUAAGUGUGGUAGCAAUGCUAAUGACUUCACCUUUGCAGUGGACGAUAUAUCAAUCACUAGCGAUUUGUGCAAUACUGCACAACCAAGUUUACAAAAUUUCACCAUCGAUGUAACAGAUGAGUCUACCAACUAUAUUAGUUCAAGUGAAUCGUAUUCGACAAAUAUUCCAAUGGAUUUAGAUGAGUCAACGUUGUUGGCUCAAUCAUCAUCAUCUAUUUUGGUAAAUAUAUCUGCUGAGGAUAUAGGUACUAGUUCAGAUUUUGAGCUAAUAUUCAACUUGUCCUCCACACGAGCAUCAACCGUUGUUAAUCAACCAUACUCUACAGAAGCCGUCUCGACAUCCAAAGUUCCUUCAAGCUCUACAACAAUUAAACGAGAAGAAACAUUCAGCUCAACUAUCCAACUUCUUACCAAUACUUCAACAGCAACCACCAGUAUUCAAACAACGACCCAGUCUUCAUCUGCUUUUAUGACGAGGUCUAACGUCAAUACUGCGCUGAUCAUUGGUCUAUCCGUGGGCUUGGCUUUACCCAUGACAGUACUCUCAACAAUUGGCUUAGUAUAUUAUUUUAAAUAUUAUCGAUCAAUGUCAUACCGAACACGUCGUCGAAUACAUACAAAUAGAACUAUAACUUUCAACGAUGACUGA